CUGAACUGAGGCGAACUCCGCCGCCAAGUGAGUGAGGAGGAGGAGAGCCGCGGAGGAAGAGGAGGAGCGCAGUCGGAGCGCGGCGGCGGCGGCGGCAACGCGGAGCGCCGCGGCGGACAGCACCGCAGACUCGCGAGCUUCGGCGCAGGCGGCGCGACCGGCCGACGAGCGGCCCCCGGCUCCUCGCGGCGCAGCGGCCCCGCGCCGCGCUCGGCCCGAGACCCGCCUCCGCCGCCGGCCUCGCGAGGGGAGCCGCGCCGGGCGGCCGAGGAGCGGCGGCCGCGGCGCGUCGGGCCGGGCGAAAGUGCCUGCGGGGGGCGGGCGGGCGCGCGGAGCCGGCCGCCCCGGGGCUCGGCGCGGGAGCCGGAGCGGGAGCCGGCGCGGAGCGGGACGCGGUGUCCCGAGCGGCCGGCGGCCGGAGCUCGCCCCCGCCCCUCCCUCCUCUCCUCCGGCGGCGGCGGCGGCGGGCGGAGUGAGCUGCGGAGCCUGGAAUAUGGUCGGGGAAAUGGAAACGAAGGAGAAGCCGAAGCCCACCCCAGAUUACUUGAUGCAGCUGAUGAACGACAAGAAGCUUAUGAGCAGCCUGCCCAACUUCUGCGGGAUCUUCAACCACCUCGAGCGGCUGCUGGACGAAGAAAUUAGCAGAGUACGGAAAGACAUGUACAAUGACACAUUAAAUGGCAGUACAGAGAAAAGGAGUGCAGAAUUGCCUGACGCGGUGGGACCCAUUGUUCAGUUACAAGAGAAACUUUAUGUGCCUGUAAAAGAAUACCCUGAUUUUAAUUUUGUUGGGAGAAUCCUUGGACCUAGAGGACUUACAGCUAAACAACUUGAAGCAGAAACAGGAUGUAAAAUAAUGGUCCGAGGCAAAGGCUCCAUGAGGGAUAAAAAGAAGGAGGAGCAAAAUAGAGGCAAACCCAAUUGGGAGCAUCUAAAUGAAGAUUUACAUGUACUAAUCACUGUGGAAGAUGCUCAAAACAGAGCAGAAAUCAAGCUGAAGAGAGCGGUUGAAGAAGUGAAGAAGUUACUGGUACCUGCAGCUGAAGGAGAAGACAGCCUGAAGAAGAUGCAGCUGAUGGAGCUUGCAAUUCUGAAUGGCACCUACAGAGACGCCAACAUUAAAUCACCAACUGCCCAGGCUGCUCCAAGGAUCAUCACUGGGCCCGCGCCUGUCCUCCCACCAGCUGCUCUGCGUACACCCACGCCAGCUGGCCCUACCAUAAUGCCUUUGAUCAGACAGAUUCAGACCGCUGUCAUGCCAAACGGAACUCCUCACCCAACUGCUGCAAUAGUCCCUCCAGGGCCUGAAGCUGGGUUAAUCUACACACCCUAUGAGUACCCCUACACGUUGGCACCAGCUACGUCAAUCCUUGAGUACCCCAUUGAACCCAGCGGUGUGUUAGAGUGGAUUGAAAUGCCAGUCAUGCCUGAUAUUUCAGCCCAUUGAGUUGCUGGAUGAAGGACUAGAAUACAGCAGCUGUUAUAACACGACCAGUCAAUGUGGAAAACAAAACAAAAAAACAAAACAAAAAAAAAUGUUUCUGUGCAACCCCACUGUUUUACCAGACAGAAUCUGAAACCUUUUUGUGUAUGACCUUGGUGCUGUGUGCCUGCUGUUGACUCCUAGGACUUUGAUCUUUAAAGGUUCCCUCCUGAUCCCGGCUUAAUAUUAAUUUGAAAAUCUUUAAUGAACUUGGACAUUGAGAUUUAAACUUGAAAAUUCAUUGUUCAUUUAAAGAAAGCCACAAUGCUCUGUAUGUUAUCUGUGUGUGUGCAUGCACUUAGGUGCCUUUUGUUUAUAAACAUACAUUUUAUUGUACAUGUUUUCUGUCUAAAUCAUUGUAUAAAAUAAUUAUAAGUCAGAAUUAUACCACAGAAAUGUUAGUAAGAGGCUGUGUUCUGUUGCACAUUACUUGAAGCAUUUUUAAAAAAAAAAAUAACAUGUAACCUAUAACCUUAUUUAAGUUUUCCUUUCUAUUAAUACUCUGUCCUGUGGCCCUGUGCAUGCUCCUUCCCCAGAACUCCUCUCUGCUGCACUCACAGCAUCUGUUACUGAGGAGUUAGGGCUCUCAGCUUCCAGCUGCUGCUCCUGACUGUUAGUGCAAGAGCUCCUAGUUUUGCAAGAUAGAAUUACAUUUCUAUGCAGUCUGCUUAUCUAAAAUGAAAAAUAGGUUUUCAACCAGUUUACUGCUUAGAGACAGCAAGAGGCACUGCUGUAGAAUUUCCCCAUUGUAAAGCAACAUGUUGUUUGGUUUGGUAAGAAUGUAUGUGUAUAUGUGUGUGUGUAUACACACACACAGACACACACACACACACACUUGAAACCAACACUAUUAAGAGCAAAAUACAUAUGCAGAUACCCAAUUAACAUUGUCAAGGUUCUCAAUAAGUACCAAGUAAGAAAUUAUUAUUAUUAUUAUUAUUAUUAUUAUUAUUAUUAUUUCUUGCUUUGCCACCUAAGCAGUAAAACUAUGAUAUUUCUCUUUGGAGAACUGAGGAAAUUAUUUUAAAUUCCCAAGUUAUAGUAUAUUUGCACACAGAUAACAUGCAUGUUAUGUGUCAAAUCUCACAUUAUUUUAAAAUAAGCAGUGCCCUUCAAAACAGAUGCAGACAUAUGUGUUGGUGGUAGUGAGGAGAUUGGUAUUAGCAUCAAAUCUUCAUUGAUGACUAAUGUUUAAUUCCCUUCCUUUUAUCUUUAGGUAUGGCUUUCCCAACGAAAGGCUAAGAAUUCAAGAACGGUCUUAACCGAACCCUCAUCAGAUCUGAAUUUAACCAAUGCUUAGUCUCAGCAGCCUCCGGGACAAACCUUAGCCUAGCAGUCAGUGACUUACUUGCACUUUUUGCACAUAGACAUAAAGUAAAAUGAUGCUAUUAAUUUGGAUUAGUCUGUAAUACUACAAAGCAACGGUAAUUUAUAAAGGAGUGUAUAGAAGUAUACUGACUGCUAAGUGUACUGUACUGUUUGCUUUACUAAUCACCUAAUUCAUUGCAGUUCAUACUUAUUGACUCAAAAGUUUAAAUCCACAAUCUGUAGGCUUUAAGAGUUGCUUUUAAAACCUUUUUUAAGUAAUAAACUCUGAAAGUUAAGGUAGCAAAUAAUUGUCAGUAUUAAAUGUGGCAAGUAGUCCUGCUGCAAGAAAGGCACUUCAGUGACUAUGUGACUAGUAAAGCUCAGACACGUCUGGUUCUAAUAGAGCUCGUGAGAUACUGUGACCUGGGGACUGUAAAUGAAGGGGUGAAGUAGGUAGAAGGCCAACCUGUUUGAAAUGAAUGCAAUAUUGAUAGAUACAUAGACAUGACAUACUGCAGUUGAUUUUAAAACUACUGUGCCUUAACGUGUUUCUUAAGCUUUUGUAGUAAGUGAACAUUUGAGAUCCAUUUUGAUAAACCUGCUGUCAAUGUUUCCCUUAUGUAUGUUUUCUAACUUUGUCUUGGUAAUUGCAAUUUAACUAGGUGCGGUGGCUACUAAAGUUCGAAGGCACGAUAUGCGUGUCCAUCCUUACCAAAGGAUUGUGACCGCAGACCGAGGUUAGUUUAGUUCUGCAGUUCUUGUUUAUAACCAAUGUGCUGGGUGUCCAUAAAGUUUGCAACACCACACCUGAUGGAAAAAUGUAACUGUUUACCUGCACACCGUUUUCUUUUCCUUCCCUAAAUUAAUUUAAUAAUUGAUUUAAGGUUGGUUUGGUUUUAUGGUUUUGUUUAUGGUUUUGUUUUUUGGUUUGGGUUUUCACCCCUCCCCAUUAUAUUUUAAUUUAUUAAAUCUUCUAUUAUGAUUUAUUCCAGCUAAAACAUAAACUAGUCAAUUUGGGGAACUAUUAAAUUUUUACUUUACCAUAGCAAUUUUUAAUAAUAAUUGUUGUUAAAACUUUCCCUUUAAUUAUUCUGAAGAUUUCUGUUGGUACUACAAAAUGAAUUGAACAGAUGAUGUUUUUAAUGAGAGAAGUAAAAAAAAAUUUGCUUCCAUGUAAUUUUGGAGAAACUGAACAUUUAGUUUCCAUUUUUUCUAUAUUAUAAAACAUUGAGCCACUGUAUAAAUAUGAGGGUAUACAUGUCAAGUACUUAGCUAAAAGCAACAGUCAGGACUGUGAAGAUAAUUUUCAUCUAGGUGGAUACUUUAUGAAUAGAAAAUGAGUUCCCUCUUACUCUAUUUUCUUGCCAAAACGGAUCCUUUGAGUUUUGUCAUUUGCUGCUAAAAUAUAGUACCCGAAGGUAAACUCCCCUGAAGUUCUGUGGUAUGUGAGAUCCAGCUAUUUGGAUAUCCUUUCUGACUAACCUGUGACUGGAAUCAAGUCUUCAUUUUUCUCAUUUUCAUAUUUGUAACUUGUGCCCUAUAUAUGCCCUGGGACCCAUUUUUAAAUUAUUUAUGCUUAUUUGAGGAGUGAUAGUUUCGGUUUUUUGACAUUGAAUUGUGUUUUUUUUUGUUGUUGUUGUUGGUUUUUUUUUGUUUUUUUUUUUUUUUACCUUUUUGUGUGGUUCUUUUGUUUUUGUGUUUUUAAUUGCAAGAUUGGAAUCCCAAGCAUAGUAGACAUUGUUACCCUACUCUUGAAUAACCACCAAAAUAAAUACUGCACACAAUUGCUUUUGUAUAUUAGAAAUAAAAUACCCUUCCAAAGACAUCAGUGAUCUUUAUUUAGUACCAUAUAUACUAAAAGAGUCCUGAAAACUUUAGCUAACAUACACAUUUUUGUAGUGGUUAUUCAUUGAACCAAUCUGGGGGCAUAUCCAUAACAAUAAUACCACAUGCAGUUAUGCCAAGUGUGAGCAUAUCAACCAUUCUCUCAGAGUCACAUAGAGAUGAGGAAGUUAGAUGGGUCAGGUCACUUGAGAUGUGGGCAGUCUCAUACAUAAUUUGAAGCUGUAUCUUACUGCUAAAGUCUAAAAUGAUUAUCUUACAGAGUGUUUUGAUUGUGAAGUAAUUUUCCCCCUUUAGGGUUUGCUUUUUUUUUUUUUUUUGGGGGGGGGGGUCCCGUGUUCCUUCCUCUUAGAUUUUUUUUUUUUGUUGUUAACACAAUAAUCCUUCCUCACUUUGUACUCCAGAGCCUUCAGACAGUUGAAAGUAUUAGACCAAGAUCUUAUUGUAUUUGGAAAAUGACAACACAUUCCAUGCAUGGCUCAUCUGGAGCUGUGUUUAUUUUGAUUAGUUCUGUUUGUGUUAAAAAAUGCAGUGUCAGCAAACCGAAACGUCUUCAUCCCCCUGCUCCUCCAUCCCUCCAUCCCAACCUUUUCCUUUCUUUUUCUAGAAACAGAUCACUUAUGCAUGCACAUGAUCACCACAUGUACUCACUGGGUCUAAGGGCGAGAACCGAAGCCCUCGACUUACAUUAUUUUAUGAUACUACUGUUUUUUGUUUUUUUAUUUUUUUAUUUUUAAUCCUUUAAGGAGAAGAGUAUUAUUAGCAUUCAUUUGAUGCAAGGAAGCAGCCCGAGGACAAUAUAACCAUGUAACUAUAUGGGAGCAUUUAGAGUAGUUGCAUGGUUGACAAGUAUCUAGUUGCUUACUAAAACAAACCCACCUCCACACUUAUUUCAAAAUCAGUUUGAAACUUAAAGACCAACUGACUUUAUAGUUGUAGUGAACUAUACGUGAUUUUGCACAGUUGACAUACCUGUGUGUACUGUAGGAGUCCAGGACAUGGCAGAGGAUGUAUUUUUAGAUGUACUGGAUAUGAUGAUGUACUUUGUUAAAUAAUCCAGACUCAAACGUAAUCAGAAAUUAUCCAAGUAAUGAUUUGACAAAAACCAUUACUUACAAAAAUUUAAGACUUUGGAACAGCGUUUUUGGUUUUGUUUUAAAUUUAAAUAAAAUUCUGCUUCCUUUUAAGAAAUUCAGGGAAGAUUUGAUUAUAUUGAAGAUACAAUAUUUUUGUAGUAUUUAUAAACUGUCCUAAUUGAUAGACUAUAGAAACCAUUUUUGUCAUACAGAGGUAAAUAGGUCUAUUAUAUAGAACAUUUAAACCUUGUGAACAUUACACCUACUAGGUUUGAUUUAUGAAGUGGCAUAGUAUCUAACUUGCACUGAGCAUCUUUUCAUUCACAUCUCUCCUGCCUUUGUCUCAAUGGCAACAGUACAGAAAAUUCUGUCAAACCUCAGAAUAUAGUAGAAAUAAUUAAGCUGUUGAAUGAGUCUUAAACAUUAUACUACUGUUAAGUGGACCAAGUUUGGUGAAGUAGAAUGUGAGAGGCUGAUUAAAGAAGGAGCUACUCACGGACAUUUGGAGUGAUAACUUUUCCACUUGAGAACUACUUUAUGUUUUACUGUAAUUUUUUAAAGUUUUUUUUUGUUCUUUUUUGUUACUUUGCAAAAGAAAAUAGUAUUUACAGGUGGCUUCUUUUAAAAUAUAAAAAUAUAAAGCAGGAAUGUAUAUGAAAUGUCAGAUUUUAUUGUAUUUGCAGAGUAUUAGCUUUGAAAUUGAAUAAAGAAAGCUGUUUGUAGUUUUAAAAAUGCCUUCUUGGUAUCAGUUAGAAAUUUCUUCUAUUUUUUAUGUACGUAGAGUUCUUUGAGGUAUAGAGUUUUAAAUGCAGGAUUUUACAGUGUUUACAUGCAAGUGCAUUUUAUAAGUGUUCUUUAUGUGUAAAUUAGUAUUUUCAACUGGAAAAUGUUGGCUGGUGCAAAAAAGGCCUGGCCUUUUUCUGGUUCCCAUGAUGUUGCCUACACUGCUAGACUACAGUAUUGCUUUGUAUCAUGAGGCCAAGAAUCCCAUGUUGUUUGUAAAUAGGAUAAUUGAAAAAGCAAUAAACAUUUAUUGAACAAAAGAAA